AUGAGCAUGGAGAUCCCCGCAUAUCCGCACUGGGGGAUUUCCGAGCGGGGAGCUAUAUCCUUAAAACCGGGCUGCCAUCAAGUCAAAUCAAUGCCAUUCCCUCUCCAUAACUACCUCUUUUCUUUCUCGUCGUCUACAUAUCACACCAUGUCAGACAUAAUCCAGGUUACUACACACCUCGGUGAGAUUCGCGGAAAAACCACGAAUGGUGUUACCCAGUUCUUGGGAAUCAAGUACGCCACCUUGAAGAAUAGACUCGCAGAUGCCGAACUAGUUGAAAGGCGCGACGGAGGCGUUCUCGAUGCAUUAAAAGACGGCGCGAUUCAACACACCCUGCCCAAGAAGGAACUCACCCAGUCAGACGUGGACUGUCUCAACCUGAAUAUUGCUGCUCCUGCAGGCACUCCUGCCCAUUCAAAACUUCCCGUGUUUGUCUUCAUCCAUGGAGGUGGCCUCAUGAUAGGGGCCAAUUCCUGGCCCCAAUUUGACUAUGAGCGUUUCGUAAAGUUGUCUAUAGACAAUGAGCUCCCUAUUGUCGCGGUCUCCAUAAACUAUCGUUUAGGACCAUAUGGAUUCUUGACCUCCGAUGAACUGCGCAAAGCUGGGUAUAAAGCCAACAAUGGACUUCGAGAUCAGAGGGUGGCUUUGGAAUGGGUACGCAGGCACAUUGUGGACUUCGGAGGAGAUUCCGAAAACAUCACUGUCGCUGGAAUGAGUGCUGGAGCAGCCUCUGUCACAUUUCAUCUCGACUCCGAAACACCGCUGUUCAAACGCGCUAUUCUGAUGAGUGGCUCUCGAUUCUUUGUCCAGGCUCUGCCAUACGACGCGCACGAGGAAAACUAUCGACAGGCAAUCUCGGCACUUGGACUGGAAAAUGCUACGUCAGACGAGAAAAUCAAGGCCCUUUUGGAAACACCCGGCCAAGAUUUGCUCGCUAAGCUUCCUCCAUCUGUUUUGACUGCGCCCGCAGUUGAUGGAGACAUGGUUCCGUCUACCGUAACAUAUGCACAGGUAGCCGACCGGACAAGCAAUAUCCCCAAGGGGAAGCAGUGGUGUCGCGAUUUACUGAUUGGUGAUGCCCAGUAUGAUAGCAACAUUCUUGCUAUCCUGAUGCCACAUUUGAAGAACGAAUGUGCAGGGCGUCUUGCGAAGGCAGUUCACUCCGUCUUUCCGACCAAGCAAGAACUAGCAACACGGAUAUUGGCAGGAUACGGUUUGACUGCCGAAACUGCGGAUGAUGAGGCUUUCCCCGCGGUUCUCAAUUAUCUUAAUGAUAUCUUCAUACUGGCGCCAACGCUGACAUACACGAGUGGGUGGGAAGGGCACACAAACGUCUACUACUUCAACGAGGAAAAUCCUUGGGAAGGACCUUGGCAGGGCAAGGCUGGCCACAUAUUAGAUGUCGCGUAUCUGUUCCAGAAUUUCCGGGAUUACUUGACUCCCGCUCAGCAGGAACUAGCAGCUGCAUUCGCCAUUGACUUCUUUAAGUUCUGCCAUGGCAUUAAACCAUGGCCUACUGUGGUGGAUGCCGACAUCGAGAAUGGAUUUACGGCACGAGUCUACGGACCCUCCUCGGAGGGAGAGACAGUUGCACAAGUGGCCCAAGCCUAUGGUGGCCACUCUCGGCGAAGGUCGGUUUUAUUCGAUCUUUCCGACGAAGCAUCCUUGGAUGAACUGGCAAGGGUCGCUACUUUUGCAAAAGAAAGAGCAGGGUUGCAGCUUCCCUCAUCAGAGCAGAAGAAUGUCAUACUUUUCACUCAAUACUUCUUUUCUCAGAGAAUCAAAUCUUUCACCUUUUCUUCUCUACACAGACCUAGUCACUCUACUCAUCCCUAUUCUCACAUUCUUAUAAAUCCUAUAAUGCAGCAGAGAAGACUACUCCUUCCUGGAGAACCUGUACCUUACGACCCUUCACGCCCAUGGUUUCCACAAUAUGGCGCCGGCAAUGGAGAAGGGACUCCCUACUUCCGUGGCAACAUUAUAGCAUUACAUUCCGUCGAUUACUUCCAAGCCCAGCCAACGCUAUUAAUAUGCCGAAUCGUGGACGUGCAUGAACCCUUUUGGAAAGUGUGUGCGGUGACCGUCCAAGUCGAGGGUCCUCUGGGCACUCUAGGCGGAACACUGCACAUCAGAAUGUUCGACAGACGCUUUACAAAAGGCAUGCGAUUGAGGCACGGCUGCCCGAACUGGUGCUAUGCUAUUGAAUCGGGAUACCGGCAACAUGGACCAUUGCCAGUCACGCCGUAUGGGCAGCCACCAGAAGACCCAAAUGUUCGUAGCCUGAAUCAAAGAGAAGAUGAUACCCAAAAGGCCAUGACUCAUUCCUACCGGACGGAAUUGCAAGCUUACGAUACCCUGAGUGACCUUCAGGCGGGACAUAUCCCUAAACUGCUUGGUACUGCCACGAUGGCAUGGCAAGUAAUGAAUGAGAUGGGAAGAACUAUUAUUGGAUCAUGCCCUGGAUUGAUCCUCGUUCCUCUUGAUGGAAUGCCCCUCCUCAAAAUGAACUACAUCCUAAAGCGCACGUGGCAGUUUAUAUUCUGGGAUCUUGUCAACAUUAGACAGAUUUUGCAGAGUCGGGGAUUGUAUACAAUUGAUACGACCCCGAGGAACAUUAUCAUUGUUCCAUGCCAUCCCUGGGGCCUCUUCAAAGUGGUACUGCACAGCCUGCAAUUGAACGACGGGCCUGGUGAGACUGGAGCGUCGACCACUAAUACUGGUUGA